UGUGCGCCCUGAACAAAGCACCAUUUAUUGUAGUGCAGGACGUUGCGCUGGUGAAUUGUAUUGAAGUGGUAAAAGACACGAGUUUGUUCAAUAAGGAUUUAAUAAAUACGAAAACGAAGUGUGUGUUAGCAGGAUGGAGGCUGAGAGCUCGACGCUGGAGGACAGAGGAGUGAGCGCGGCUCAGAGACGAGCAGAAAUCCGCCGCAGGAAGCUCUUAAUGAAUUCCGAGCAGAGGAUGAACAGAAUAGUGGGCUUUAAUAAAAAUGACGGAGAAAACAGCGAAGCCCGGCGUGUGACAGAGCCACGAUUCCACUUGGACUUGGAUAGGAAUGAGUGUUUCUCCUCCUCUGUGUCCACUAAAAGGGUGUCCCCAUUUGUCUCAGAGACUCGGAGUGAGGGAUUGGUGAUGGAUGAGAGAAGGGAGGAGGAGGAGGAGGAGGGGGAGGAAAUGGAGCGAGGGGUUCGGCUCAGGCCACGGGGGGAGACGUCGAGUGAAGAGCACUCUCGUUCCCCUCGCAGGGGCCUGAACACCUACUUGUCUCGCUUUGAUGAUGCAAUCAAGCUGCGGGGUCAACUGACCAAUGAAAAGGCAUCUCAGGAGAGCGGCGCAGACGUGGACGUAUUUGACUCAUUUCAGCUUUUCCGGCUACUUGGCAGCGUGGUGUUGGCUGUGUGUGUACGCAUAUUUGUCUGUCAUUACCUGUCCAUAUUUGCACCCUUUCUCACCCUGGAGCUCGCCUACAUGGGUUUAUACAAAUACUUCCCAAAGGUGGACAGGAAGAUGAAGACGACAGUGCUGUCUGCAGCGCUGCUCCUCUCAGGGAUUCCAGCUGAAGUGAUUAGUCGCUCGGCAGAAACCUACAGGACGAUGGGAGAUGUUUUUUCUGAUCUCUGCGUUUACUUUUUCACCUUCAUCACUUGCCACGAGAUCAUCACUGCUUUCUCUUCUCAGUCCUCCUAAAUAAUACACAUGCGCAUGCUUUAUACAACCCCACACAUGCCUCAUACAAGACACACGCUUCAUACACAGCAUGUUUAUUCAAAUUAACUGCAGUAUUCCAUUCCUGCUUUCACUGCUUCCCCUUGGUUUAGUCCCUCUGGUGAGUUUAAGCGCUGUUCUGUUACUUUAUCGGUCAUUUGCCUUUUGAAGCUGUUUACGAAGGAACUUUUAACAGACGUGAGUCAUGUGAUUGAAUUUUAAUCCUCCAUCUUUAUUGCUGGAGGUCCACUACUGUUUGAUGCUAAUGAAUUAGCAGGCUAGUUAAUUAACAAUUUAGCUAGUCAGCAAACUGUACAGAAACUGUGUGAGGCUUCAGUACAAAUGUUCUCACUACAGUGUGUGUUUGUGAGCAUGUGCUCAACAUCCACACACACACAUUGCACACUUCUUAGUAAUGCUGUUGAUGUGCGCUUAAGAGUUAUGGGAGGAAAAAAUGUGAUGGUGUUUGCUGAAAUGUGAUUUCAACUGUUAAGUGUCAGUGUUUUGCUCCUCUGUCUGUUGCUGGCUUAUUGGUGAUUUUUGUUUUUAACUUGGUCAUUUGUUAUUUAUCGUGCUUUCUUUUAUGUAAUUAUUUCUUUGUAACAAACACUGCUACCUGUUACUGCAGAAUUAAUGUUCAUUAUAAGACAAUGUGUGAACAAUGAACUUCAAUAAACAGUCAUACGGAAA